GCUCUCGUAAGUCGUAACGGCUACUUCCAUUUCUCUCUUCGAAAUUUCUUCCGACUGAUACCUCUCUCGGCCAUUUCUGGGAGUAAACGAUUCCUUGUUCAACCCUUUCUCUGAAAUUCUACUUCCGUUCUCGAUUUCCGACUCUCUGAUGAUUUCGGCCAUGGAUUUGGGCUGCUUGGACCUCGGCUGCAUCCCACUCUCGGAUAAGCCAAGUCCCGAUCUUGCCCCCGACGAGGGAAGAGGAAGCCCCGUCCCUUCGCCGACUGCUGUUAUCACUAUGAGUGCGUCCUCCAAGGCCGGAAAGAGUAAGAUGAUGAAGGAGACAGGCCAAUCAACAAACUGCCUUAGCAAAGUCUCAUCGCAAAUCAGGAAGCCCCCUCGUCGUAAAACUUCUCCAGUUAAUUGGUUUCCACGGAAGAAGGUGGACUCCUACUUAGAGAGGAAAAUAAAGAUGCUGCAGGAAAUGGACGGUGUGAAUUUAACUCUCGAUGAAACUCUAGGAGAUGCAAAUCCUCAUUACUGCAGAGUUUUGAGAGAAAAGAUUGCAGUAAGAGAGGCAGCACAUAAGGCAAUGGAGGCCCGGAAAGCUGCUUUGGUGGAAGCAUCUUGGUGUCGAAUACUCCGAGCAGCCAGGAUACAAACAAAGGAAGCAGAAGCACUGUUGGAAAAGGCAGAGAAGACAGCAAUUGAAGCUUUUGAAGCAGCAACAGCAGUGGGAGUGAUCAUGUAUGAUAAGCCAAACUGCCCCCAGAAGCCUUCUAAGGUUGAAUUGUCUUCAGUAGAAGGAGGAUUUACUACCCACACUGUGACAGCAUCUUUUGAAACAGCAUUUGAGGUGGACAGAGAAGUAGCAGCUGCAGUCAAAGCUGCUUUGGUUAGGCUUGCCAAUUGCCCUUUCUUCAGCAGUAAAGUUGAAUUUAAAGAGUUGCUGCAUAAAAUCAGGCAAAACCCAGACGAAGAUGAUUGUCAUAAGGAACAGUUGGAGGCGUCUUCAGAAUGUGAAUCGGAGUCAGGGUCAGAUUUUGAAAGAGCUUCUCUAAGCAGUUAUGAUCCUACUGAUCUUAACUUGAUUACUGAGAAACCAGUUGAAGGGACGAAACAGAGGAAAUCUAAGAGAAGGCAGUCUUUUGAGAAGCUGAACACGGAAAAGAUUGUUAAUAUGAUGUUUGAGAGGCUCAAAGGUUUGCAGGAAAAUGACAUUUCUUCACUGGCUACAAUAGUUGCAACAUGUGGUUUAAAUGCUGCCCUUGCUGAAGUAGAGAGCAAGAAGUCUCAUGAGCCUGGGGCUUCUUGUGAGCAUACCAAUAAUUCCCGCAGAAUGUCAUCAUGUGGAGUGGGAAGUGGUAGAAAUUAUUAUCUCAAAAGGUUCACAAAGAGAAGUCAAACAGAGUCUGAACUCCCGAGCCUGGACAAGUUUUUGGUCAAGCACGAGACAAAGCUUGAAAAAGAAGUCCGAGAAGCCAGGGAUCAUAAGAGUAACCAGGCUAGGGAUGAAGCAACAGUGGCUAGUAACAGUAGUGACAUAAGCGUGCACUCAGAACUUCCUGAUCUAGAGAAGUUCUUAGUAAAGCAUACGUCAAAACUCGAGAGAGAGGUGCUAGAAGCCAAGGCUAGUAAGACUUCUACGGAUGUUAGGAAAGUCGUAGAACAAGAGGUAGGGGAAGUUUUAGAUAAUGGCUCUGAUAUGAGACGUCGGAAUUCAGAGAAAGGUGUCCCCGAGGUUCCCAGCCUAGACAAGGUUCUUCUGAAACAUGUCUCAAGGCUUGAAAGAGAAGUCUUAGAAGCAAGGAACAGGAGGACUGAACUUGUCGGGAAAGAAAAUAUGAAGUCGAAUCUGGCUGACGGGGAAGUGAGGGAAGGUAGCGUUGAUAAGAUCUUAGUCAAGCCCGUGCACCGUCUAGAGAAGGACAAACAGCAAGCUCUUUCUUCUGGAACCAAUUAUGAAUAUCAGAAGCACCAAAAGAAGCAAGGAAGAGAUGGAAAUUGUGCCACCGACUGUGAGAGUUUGGACAAAGUUUUGGUGAGGCAUGUGUCUCGACUGGAAAGAGAGAAUGAAGAUCAAACCAGAGGACUUUUUGCCAAAAGCCAAAAGGAAUGAUCAAAUAAGCACUCAUGGGAAGAAGAAAAAGACGGCCUCGACCAUAUUUUCGUGAGACACAAGUCGAGGCUCGAGAGGGAAAAGGCAGCAUCUCAUCUAGAGCCACGAGAGGACACCAAGCUCUCGAUUUCGCGUAAAGCAGCACGGGAAAAUGAGUUGCAGGAAGCUUGGGGAGGUAUGAGCCUGGGGAAUGUCAUGAGGAGCGAUUCAAAUAUGCACUCGCAGGAAGAAGAAAAAGACGGCCUCGGCCAUAUUUUGUUGAGGCACAAGUCGAGGCUCGAAAGGGAAAAGGCAGCAUCUCAUCUAGAGCCACGAGAGGACACCAAGCUCUCGAUUUCGCGUAAAGCAGCACGGGAAAAUGAGUUGCAGGAAGCUUGGGGAGGUAUGAGCCUGGGGAAUGUCAUGAGGAGCGAUUCAAAUAUGCACUCGCAGGAAGAAGAAAAAGACGGCCUCGGCCAUAUUUUGUUGAGGCACAAGUCGAGGCUCGAGAGGGAAAAGGCAGCAUCUCAUCCGGAGCCACGAGAGGAGACCAAGCUCUCGAUUUCACGUAAAGCAGCACGGGAAAAGGAGUUGCAGGAAGCUUGGGGAGGUAUGAGCUUGGGGAAUGUCAUGAGGAGUGAUUCAAAUAUGCACUCACAGGAAGAAGAAAAAGACGGCCUCGACCAUAUUUUGUUGAGGCACAAGUUGAGGCUCGAGAGGGAAAAGGCAGCGUCUCAUCCGGAGCCACGAGAGGAGACCAAGCUCUCGAUUUCACGUAAAGCAGCACGGGAAAAGGAGUUGCAGGAAGCUUGGGGUGGUACGAGCUUGGGGAAUGCCAUGAGGCCGCACCUCUCGAAACUCGAACUAGAUAAAGCUGCCUGGAUCAAAGCUGAAGAGGAGGAAAGGAGAAAAGCUCUCAAGGGGAUGUAAAUGCUGUGCUGUUACUCACAAACUCUCGUGUCAACCCUGUGAAUUACAUCAAAAAGCUCUGUGAAUUGCUCACAAACACUUGUGUCAACCCUGUGAAUUACAUCAAAAGCUCGGUGAAUUACUCACAAACUCUUACGUCAAUUCUACGACAAAUACCCGACUCGUCAUUUUUGUUUUCUUCAAGCUGUUCAAUAGAAUGUUGACUAUUUCUCGUGUCCCGUAUUAUUCGUUGCUCCCAAUUACCGGUUGUUUUUAAGCUGGGGUCCUCUCAGAGGAACCGUUUAUCGGAGAGUUUGAUAUGGACAUGCACUAUAUAUAUAGCACACGAGGGAGACGCAGAUAAUCAUGUUGAAUCAGAGAUUUCCUUCGAGUAAACA